CGCAUGGUUUCAUGCUCUCCCCGCCCCUUCCAGGACCAGAAGCAGCCCCUCGACCGUCCGGUUUAUUUAUCGAUAUCUGGUUUAUCGCAGCAGUUUGGAGCUGUCUGAUUCGAUUCGAGUAGCUAGCUUAGCUCUAUAUAUCGAGCGAUUAGUCGGCGACCGAGAAGGAUCGAGGAGAUGAGCGGCGGCGGCGGCGGAGGAUCGGCGGCGACGCAGGGGCAGCAGGACCUGCAGCUGCCGCCGGGGUUCCGGUUCCACCCGACGGACGAGGAGCUGGUGAUGCACUACCUCUGCCGGCGCUGCGCCGGCCUGCCCAUCUCCGUGCCCAUCAUCGCCGAGGUCGACCUCUACAAGUUCGACCCAUGGCAGCUCCCAAGAAUGGCGCUGUACGGCGAGAAGGAGUGGUACUUCUUCUCCCCGCGCGACCGCAAGUACCCGAACGGGUCGCGGCCGAACCGGUCGGCCGGCACGGGCUACUGGAAGGCCACCGGCGCCGACAAGCCGGUGGGCACGCCCAAGCCGCUGGCCAUCAAGAAGGCGCUCGUCUUCUACGCCGGCAAGGCCCCCAAGGGCGACAAGACCAACUGGAUCAUGCACGAGUACCGCCUCGCCGACGUCGACCGCUCCGCCCGCAAGAAGAACAGCCUCAGGUUGGAUGACUGGGUGCUGUGCCGGAUCUACAACAAGAAAGGCGCCUCGGAGAGGCCGGGCGCCGGUGACCGGACGGCGAGCGCGAGCCCCGGGCACGCGGCCGUCGGCUCGCCGCCGGAGCAGAAGCCGGCCCUGCUGCCGCCAUACGCGCCGCAGCCGUUCUCGGACCUGGCGGCGUACUACGAGGUGAGGCCGUCGGACUCGAUGCCGCGGGCGCACGCCGACUCGAGCUGCUCGGAGCACGUGCUGACGGCGUCGUGCGAGCGGCCGGAAGUGCAGAGCCAGCCCAGGAUCUCCGAGUGGGAGCGCACGUUCGCCUCCGCCACCCCGGGCGUCAACCCGGCGGCCGGGCUCCCCGCCGGCGACCCGCUCCUCCAGGACAUCCUCAUGUACUGGGGCAAGCCGUUCUGAGGCUCCGGCUCCGUGGCUGUACGUGUGGUUUGGGUGGGGCUUGGGAGGGAAUCGAUCGGGGUGACUCGGGCGAGCCGCCGGCCGGAAUCUAUCGGCAGGAGACACUCGUGGCCGUUGGAUGGAAGGUAUCAAUAGUGCACAAGGAGUUACGGACGGCGGCGAUGAGACGCGGGAGCCCCGGUGUGUUCGAGGAGGGACGCGGAGAGUACUGUACUUGGUAUUGGUGUAUACGGAUUUGAACUAAGCUGUGUAUAUGCGAUUGAUUUGGAAAUGGUUUUUUUUGUUUACAUUGCUUUUUUA